AUCGUUGUUCCUAUUCUGAAAAGAUCAAUUAUUAGUAUUUAUUUCCCCAUUAUUUUUCAGGGAAGAGGGUAUCAAGGUGUCAAUACCCAGAUUGAAAGUGUUUUUUGUAACGAGGAAAAUAAGAUUAAUAUUUACUUAAAUUCUGUUUUGGUUGUAAAAUAAAAACAGUUUUUUUUUUUUAUUCUGCUCUCUGCACUGUUUUCCGUACCCAAGGCGUGGCAUCCUAUCCUACACACUCCGCGCACGAUAUAAUCCAUCCUGCGCACCGCCACUUCCGCCUCCGCUUCCACCACCACCAUUCCGCCGGUGCGUGGAGGCUUCCACCGCCACCACUACUCCGCAAUGGCGCGAAAAUCCUCCUUCGUCAAGCAAGCCAUGGCCUGCUCCGCCUGCCUCGUCCUCGUCCUCUACGCCGCCUACUUCACCACUUUCCUACGGCCCGCGAGCUCUCCUCCUCCUCCUCUCGACAUCCGCGACGGCGUCGUCGUCGGGUCCACCAUAACGCUCAGCGCGAACAGAAUCAAGGUUUUCAUGUACAAUCUCCCCAGGCAGUUCACCGGCGGCAUCAUCGAGGAAUUCGCCAGGGCUCGCGGCUCCACUGAUGUGUCCAAAUCGUGGUACCCUGGCCACCAGCACAUGGGGGAAUGGCACCUGUUCGCGGAUCUGAAUCGCACUGACGAGGAUCGGGUCGGGUCGCCCGUGGUCCGGGUCGCCGACCCGGACGAGGCCGAGCUGUUCUACGUCCCGUUUUUCUCUUCCCUGAGCUUGCUCGUGAACGUAAAUCGCCGCCUCGCCGUGGCGGAUGAUCAGGUGUACAGCGACGAUAAGAUGCAGGACGAGCUGGUGCAGUGGCUGGAGCAGCAGGAGUACUGGCGGCGGAACAACGGGAGGGAUCACGUCAUCGCCGCCGGAGAUCCCAACGCGCUCAACCGAGUGAUGGACCGGGUCAAGAACUCGGUGCUCUUGCUGUCCGAUUUCGGCCGCGUGAGGCCCGAUCAAGGAUCGCUUAUCAAGGACGUGAUUGUACCCUAUGCUCACCGGAUCAACCCUUAUAAAGGCGAAAUCGGAGUGAAGAAGAGGAACACUCUGCUCUUGUUCAUGGGCAAUCGAUACCGGAAAGAUGGAGGCAGAAUCAGGGACUUGCUAUUCCGAUUGCUGGAAGGUGACAAGGAUGUGAUCAUAAAAGAAGGGACGCAGUCGAGGGAGGAUCGCCGCGCGGCCAACCGCGCAAUGCACACUUCAAAGUUCUGUUUGAAUCCGGCAGGGGAUACUCCGUCGGCUUGCAGACUGUUCGAUGCAAUCGUUAGCUUGUGUGUCCCGGUGAUCCUAAGUGACAGCAUCGAGUUACCUUUCGAAGAUGUGAUCGACUAUAGAAAGAUUGCAAUCUUCGUGCGCACCAAAGAUUCUCUUCAACCUGGCUACUUGACUAAUUUGCUGAGAGGAGUGAGCACAGAGAGAAUUCUGGAGUUCCAGAAAGAGCUGAAACAGGUAUAUCUUACUACAUUGCUUAUGACGAGCCUCAGACGCUCGUCUUCCUCCGAUCCAUCGCGUAUGAAACUGUUAUGUUUUGCUUGUUAAUCUGUCUUGAGCCUGUGCCAUGAACCAAGUAUUGUUAAUGCAGAGGAGUUUAAUAGCAGAUAGCCAUAUACUGCUACUGAUCAUAACAUAUAACAGAUGAAUACUUUGCGAAACUGAUUGCAGAUCAUUGUAGUUCUAUCAGUUGUUUCUUUGUGAUUUGAUACCAAUCGCGUAUAGAUGAGUUUAGCAUUAUUCAACUGUGAUCAACUACUGAUUUCAGGUGAGCCACUAUUUCGAGUACAAGGAACCAAACGGAGCAGUGAAUGAGAUAUGGCGUCAAGUGUCGCAGAAGCUACCACUAAUAAAGCUGAUGAUAAAUCGUGAUAAAAGGCUCAUUAAAAGGGACUUGACUGAGCCAGACUGUUCUUGCCUAUGUACAAGCCAGACUGACGGCGUAGCCUCGGUAUGAUGAUUAGGAUUUUUCUGUGUGCGCUAGAGCUAGUGCUAUACGACGGUCUACGGGAGACUCUUCUAGGCACAUCCUGAAUCGGAAUCCUGGAAAUCAAAAGAUGAAUGGACGAUAACCUGCUGCUGACUGAGUUUAAUUUGUGCCCUAUACUUUCGGGUCUGCCUGCUCCUUCAAUCAGGGAAAGGUUACCGGUGAUAUGAUUUUGGUGACUCACUUUUGAAGGCAAGCAUAGUUGUAUACUUGUAUAUUUAUUUCUCCCCACUAUUUACCAUGUAUACUCACAGAGAAGAUGUGAUUCAUUGAUUUUGUACAUCUAGGCAAAUAAUAAGUUGAUCAUGAUGUUAUAAUGAAAGAGGUU